GCACGAAGGUAUUCACAAUUUAUUCAUGCCAAAUUUGAAUUAGGUUUUUACAUAUGUAUGUAUGCAUGCAUGUACAUAUGUAAUAUGUCUGACACGCUUCUCUAUGAAUCCUGUGCAGCAUUGGGGUUUGUGAAAUAUGAAGCAUUUAAAAUGCUCAAACCUAUCCAACAAGUGGCUUGCAAAAGUGAAGUUUCUACAUUUUCUGGUGUUUAAGUAGGUGAAAGCACAGACAACACACGAGUCGGGAUUAUCGAUUUUCACCCACACAGGUUGUCCCAAGCUGCACAAACGUUUAGCCAUAUUUCGCCAACGUUCUCCUGCUGAGAAACAUGUGUUCAAAUAUCACAAGGCCUAGAGAGUGAGAAUUAUCUUAGAAAUAUUAAUGCCUGUUAAGUAUUUACAGAAGUUUACAUUUGCAUAAGCGUUAGCUGUAAUACCUAAGCAAAUCUGACAAAAUGCCUGGGAUGGGAGGUGCUGUGGGGUUUUGCCAUUCACGAGGGAGCGGUAUGGGGCUAAAUGAGUGGAAUUUCUUAAAAUUUUCGCCCCAUGAAAAUCUCCACAUGAGAAGAGAAUCCACCUACGAUGGAGCCUUAAUCAACCUAGUUAAAUCCAAACGAAACGAAAUUCGGGGCACGGUCCAACUCACGAAAACACUGGAUCAUUUCGGACUUGUGAUAGAGCUCGCUGGAAACUUUGAAACACAGGAAACCAAAACGUACCCCUUAUUACCACCAAACCAUUCCCCCUCCGGUCUUUCCCGCUCCCUGCAGGACUUAUCGAUCUCCUCCUCCCCCUCUAGCCCCAUACAGCACCGCUUCUACCCAACCCACGGAAAAAAUGUGUCCAUCCCACUAACAUCCACCCCCCUGAAAAAGUACCCUUUUCACCUCAAACUCCCACCCAAUAUCCUCAUCCCACCCAGCUUUCAAUCCCCGCUCGGCAAAGUGCAGUAUUUUCUCCGCGUUCUCGCCCAAAGUAAUAAGAACCCCAGUUUCCUACGAGAACUUGCCUGGAAAGAGAUCAACUACCCGGGACAGGAGACAGUCAACCCGGGUAAUAGCGUUCCCACAAAAAAGGAUUUUGUCCUUGACGGGGUCAAGAUUUCGGUGCAAGUACCCCGAUCUGAAUUCAUCCUUGGAGAAAGCAUCCCAUGCACAAUAUCUGCCCAAGAUGGAGAAGAAAAAGGCUCUCUAAAAGAUAUCACCGUUUGGCUGACCAGGAUUAUUUGCUAUACGCCAGAAAUAGGAAAAAAUCCACUCUCAACGACAAAAGUCAUGCAUUGCGUAACAUUCAAACGGUUCCUGAAAAGAGAACGGUUUACGAGGAGUGUAAAAUUUGCGACGGAUAAAAUACGAGUUCCUUCGUUUAAGAUGGAGGAUGAACCUAAAUUAAAGAUCCGAUAUAUCAUACAGGUAAAGGUCACCACUGCGAGUGAGAAGAGUGAAACCGUUCAGAUUGAUCUCUCAUUGGGGACGGACGCGACCGAUCCGACACCUUCUGCCCCCAGUUGGCAACCCGAUCCUUCAGCACCUAAUGAAGAGAGCGAACAGGUUGAAAAACCAACGGCGCCGGUGAUGGGGGUCGGGUCACUCGUGGGGUCGGUGAUGUCCCUCUUUCCACCCAGUUAUUCUAGCCUCCCCUCCCGAGCGGUGUCCAUGGUGUCGUUGGAGACUUUACCGCCCAAUUAUGACGACAUCUAAACAUUUUGGAUGCUUGGUUUCGAUUUCUGGAUUUUCUUAACACUUGAUUGACACAAUAUGUAUGUACGUACACUACCAAAAAUGCUCACAAAUUUACAUACACGUACAAAUUAAA